AUGACUGGGGAAACGGGCCCCAUCACGGCAUCACUACCGGUCGACAUGACCAUCGCCGGCUUCUUCGCGAUCGCGUGCUACAACUGUGUCGAGAUCCUCAUCUCGCUGCUCAACCGCUUUAGGCGCCAUGACAGCUUGUACUUCUGGAGCAUCGUUGUCGCGACGCUAGGGAUUGUGCUGCACUCGAUAGUCGUGCUGCUGCGCUACUACAGCCUUGGACCGAACUUUCCACUCGCGGCUUUAACGUGCGUCGGAUGGUAUGGCAUGGUCACUGGGCAAUCUGUUGUUCUCUAUUCGAGGCUGCAUCUCAUUGUCUCGGAUAGGGCAAAGACGCGGUGGGUGCUGGUUAUGAUCAUCACGGAUUUCUUCAUCCUGCACGUUCCGGUUACGGUCAUGUUUCUUGGUAGCAACACGCGGCAGUCGAGUCGGUUUCUGCCCGCAUUCAACCUUUACGAGCGCAUUCAGCUCGCAGGCUUCUCCAUUCAAGAGACCAUCAUCUCCGGCCUUUAUAUCUGGGAAGCAUCUCGCGGUCUCAAACCCAUCUUCGCCAUCAGAAGGACGACGGAGCGCAAAGUCAUUCGACACCUUAUCAUUGUCAAUGUCCUGGUCGUGCUCCUCGACGUCAGCCUCAUUAUCACUCAGUACCUGGAUCAUUUUCAGAUUGCGACCACAUACAAGCCUGUGGUUUACAGCAUCAAGCUAAAGAUGGAAUUCGUCGUUCUAAAUAAGUUGUUGCUUCUUGUGCGGCAUCGGGAAUGCAACUGUAUGCAGGUUGUAGACGAAUCUGGGAACGGUUUACCCCGACCGUCGUACCUCAAUAUGACAGAAUAUCGGACGGAUGAGCAAGCUCCUGCGGGAUUCAACGACACAGGGAUCCAGCUACAUCAACUCUAA